CCAACCUCUAAUUUCUAGCCACGUGUAAUGUCUGUUUUUCUUGUCUCUCUUCGUUGACACUCCAUUCACCUCUCCUCUCCCCCCUACUACCCCACCAAACUAUACGGCUUUUGCAUUCGUGGCUCUCAAAUCCAUGGAGAUUCUCCACGCAAAUUAGCCAGUACCUGAUAUUAAACAUAGAAGAUCACAAAGAAAGAAAGCAAGCAAGUUAUUAUGGAGCGUUAUGAGAUACUGAAAGAUAUUGGUUCUGGGAACUUUGGUGUUGCGAAGCUCGUGAGAGACACAUGGAGUGGCGAACUCUACGCUGUCAAGUAUAUUGAGAGAGGCCAGAAGAUUGAUGAGCAUGUGCAGAGGGAGAUUAUGAACCAUCGCGCCUUGAAGCAUCCCAAUAUUAUACGAUUUAAGGAAGUUUUUAUAACACCAACUCAUCUGGCCAUAGUCAUGGAAUAUGCAGCUGGAGGCGAACUUUUUGAAAGGAUCUGCACUGCCGGUAGAUUCAGUGAAGAUGAGGCAAGAUAUUUCUUCCAACAACUUAUAUCAGGAGUUAGCUACUGCCACUCCAUGCAAAUUUGUCAUAGAGAUCUAAAGCUGGAAAACACCCUCUUGGAUGGAAGCACUGCACCCCGUCUCAAAAUAUGUGAUUUUGGCUAUUCCAAAUCAUCUGUGUUGCACUCUCAACCAAAAUCUACAGUUGGCACACCAGCCUACAUUGCCCCUGAGGUCUUGUCUAGAAAAGAGUACGAUGGGAAGAUUGCAGAUGUUUGGUCUUGUGGUGUGACGCUAUAUGUGAUGUUGGUUGGAGCUUAUCCAUUUGAAGAUCCAGAGGAUCCAAGAAACUUUAGAAAAACAAUCCAGAGGAUUCUCAGUGUCCACUACUCAAUACCAGAUUAUGUUAGAGUUUCCAUGGAGUGCAAACAUCUUCUAUCUCGAAUUUUUGUGGCCAAUCCCGAAAAGAGAAUAACCAUUGAAGAAAUAAAAAAGCACCCAUGGUUCUUAAAGAACUUGCCAAUGGAGUUCAUGGAGGAGGAAGGUGAGUUGAAAAAUGAUGAAGAAAAUGAGAAUUCCCAAAGUGUAGAAGAAAUAUUAGCCAUAAUUCAAGAGGCACGCAAGGCAGCAGAGGGUGGUAAUAAAGUAGGUGGGCUAUAUACUGGAGGAAGUAUGGAUCUGGAUGAUUUAGAUGAUGGUGACAUUGAUGAUAUAGAGACAAGUGGCGAUUUUGUCUGUGCAUUAUAAUUCAUAUAACAUUAAAUAUACGUCAUCCACACAAACAAGGCCUAAUCAAUCUCUGCUGAUUCUUCAAAAAGAGAAGAGAAGAAUAUGAUAACCUAAUCAUCUUCUCCUGUGGUUUGAAGGGUAAUAUGAUAUAUCCAUCUGAUGUUGAUUUUUCUUUCUUCUUUAUUAUGUAAACUUUCCUUCUCCUUUUGCAUUUGUGUGAAGGGAUAUUUAGAUGUUGUUGUGUUCUUCUUUAUCACUUGUUAGGUUUGUAGCUUGUAAAAAAUUUCAAGGAUUUGUGACUUUUUUCUUCUCA